AUGGUAAAAAUAUAAAAAACCCGUCUCUUCCAGGCCGCAAGCCCCUCCAUCAUUUUUCCGCAAAUCAUCUAGACCUCCAUGGAUCGACCGAAAAAACGGCUAGGGAGUUCCUCUCCGCCGGAGUCGGAUGCCAGUUCAGGAGAGCCGACCUCGACGGCGAGAGAAGCGCGUCCUUCAGCCCGAGCUCCGUUGGCUGCCGUUUUAGGUAAACCUCCUAUCCGCCGCCAUCCUCCUCAAUCCUAUCGACGUCAGAUGGUAAAUCUGUAGUAGCUUAGCGAGGAUAGCAAAAGAAACCCUAGGGCAUCGGGUAGGGUUGCAGUGGUCCCGUGGAUCUACGACUGACUUCACAUUUGAUGUCGGAAUGUACAAAUUUUCCCCCUACGUUUCCCCUUGCAAUCCUCUGCUUGCCUGAGUUUGCUUUACUUCUUUGGGGUUGCGCAUCCGGAAGAGAUGCAGACUUCAUGAUUCGAUGUCUGAAUGGGCUGUUUUCGUAAGUACGUUUUCCCUUGCAAUCCUGCUUGCCUUCUAUGUUCGCAGCUGACAGGUUGGGCCAUAAUGGUAUCAUUUUGCUGCUGUUUGAGACGCCCUCUGGCUUCGCAAUUUUCAGAUAUUAUGGCGUCCAACUCUUCCUACCAAAUGCUAAGGAGAAUAUCUGGUCAAAGUUCGUAAAGAAUGAUAAGACACAGCUUUUCAUUUGGCUGAAAAAAUUUAGAACAUUCAAUGACAAGUCCAAAGUCAUUAACCAUACUGGUAUUAGCACUCAUCUUACUGAGAUGAUCAAGAAGUGGCACCUUCCUGGGCAAAAGCUAGCUGUUGGAAAACUUGAGUACAAAAAGGCCAUUGAAGCAAGAUUGAAAAUACCGUGCCUGUUUAAUGAUGAAGUGCUGGAGGUGAUGUGGGGCCUGAAGAAUCUCAUGAGGAGUUUAGUUCCAGAAGAAACAUCAGAGCUGACCGGGGAGGACCGCCUCCAGAUGAGUUAUGGGAUGAAAACUGUCCUGGAUCGUUAUGGUUUUCAUGAUUUCCCUAAUGCCUGAAUGAAAUGCAUUCUGCUAUUCUUGCUCCCUUUCUUCUACUGUUUGCUUUCGGAUAGUUUGCGUAUUUUGUAGAAAUUUUACGCUUCCAUUUUUCUGUUUUUGAUGAAG